GGAUAAGCCGUGAUUCAGAGUCUGUGGGCUUCUCUUCUUCAUCGGGCUCACGGGAGUUAUGUGGGAGGGGUCAGAUGUGCACCAGAAGGGGAGGAACCCCUUGGCAGGACCUCGGUCCAUCCCGAGACAGAACCCUCACUUUGAGACAAGGGGAGCUGGAACACGAGUGGAAGCUUUUGAACAUGGACUGCUGGAAGAGAGCACUUUACCUGGGAGUCUGCAUGUCGGCCUGGAUCCUUACUCGGUCAGAUGAUUCUGCACCAAAAGCCGAGAAUGUUCGCUGGAUGUCUUUGGACUUUAAAACUAUCCUCAUGUGGACUUCAACACCUUCACACUACACCUUCACUGUCAAGUACUCGUGGGAUGAAGGAGACUGGAUGGAGAGUCCAAACUGCAUCGCUAUAUCAGAGAGAGAAUGUGAUCUGUCUUUGGAUCUGGAACCAAUUGAUAGGACCUUCACUGCUGACGUGCUGACUGAACCUGAGAGUGAUGAGCACCUGCCGGAGGACUUACCUCACACCUACUCACCUCCAUUCAACCCCUACACACAGAGCGAGAUCAGCGCGGCAGAGUUCGACGUGGAGGUGUUGGAAGAAGGCCGAGUGAGCGUCGUCAUCAAAGAUCCUCUCACCAGUUUCCACCCAAAGGGGAAGCAACUCAGCGUGAAAGACGUGCUGAAGAACGACCUUCAGUACAAGAUCAGCUACUACAAGUCUGGGAACACUGGAAAGAGAGACAUCAUAUCCAAGUCCAACCGGGCCGAGGUGUCCGGGUUAGAUGCCGGACAGAGUUACUGCUUCAUGGUGGCGGCCUUCAUCCCCUCCAGAGCCCCCGCCUACCGCCAGGGAGCUUGGAGCAUGCAGCAGUGCACGCCUGGCCAGAACAACGUCCUGCAAGAGUUGAGUGUGGGAGCGUUGGUGGGCGGCCUGUUUGUCAUCCUGCUGGUGCUGGUGGUCAUCAUCACGGUGAGCGUGCUGUGCUGCCGGAGAAGAACCCCCCCCGAGCAAAACUACCAAACAUCCACCGUGGUUUGAUGCACCAUGUUGUGGUUUGAUGCACCAUGUUGUGGUUUGAUGCACCAUGUUGUGGUUUGAUGCACCAUGUUGUGGUUUGAUGCACCAUGCACUGCCCCAUGUUGUACCGUAGCGACAACUCCUCGCCUCAGAGUCACUGCAGUUUUGUCCGUGGUUGGAAAGUAGGAGCUGGUCUUCACUUCUCUGACAAAAAGGGUUUGUACUACAAUAUUUGGACUAAAACUACUAGUAGUAUUUUCAUGACACAAAACACUGAAGUAUUUGUUUAUAAAGUAGUACACUUUGUACUGAAGUACUUGCCCCCACACUGACAGAUAUAUAUGGAGCGUCAUGUGAAAAAACACGGAGGCUAUUUCAUCCCUACAAGCCUGUUUCGCAGGAUUUUAUAU